CCUCCGAAACACACUUUAGUCGCCAAACAUGAAGAUACUCCUUGCUAUUGCAUUAAUGUUGUCAACAGUAAUGUGGGUGUCAACACAACAGCCACAAGCAGUGCACACGUACUGUGGGCGUCACUUGGCUCGCACUCUGGCCGACCUGUGCUGGGAAGCGGGCGUGGACAAGCGCAGCGGUGCUCAGUUCGCGAGCUACGGCUCCGCGUGGCUGAUGCCGUACUCGGAAGGACGCGGCAAACGAGGCAUCGUGGAUGAGUGCUGUCUCAGACCCUGCAGCGUGGACGUGCUUCUGUCGUACUGUUAGACCAUUCCUUUACCGAACUGGUUCGUUAUCAAUACAUUUGGAAA